GGAACUCUUCCCGCUUGCGAAACGAAGCUUUAGCCGGUACACACGUUUUUGGAGCUUCGAAAGGACGAAAGGAGACUUGUUUCAGGCACUAUCCGGACAAUAUGAGGCCGUCUCAGCUCCUCGCUGCCGUAGUGGCCAUGUCGUCGGUUACGCAGGCCAUGAACGUCAAGCAUGCAUUCGACAAUAUCCAUGGGUUGACUGAUGUCAAGAACGUGCUCAUGGGACGUCAGGACAACAACAACAAUAACAACAACGACAAUACCUCAGACGCACCCGCCAGCACACAGCCUGCAAAGACAUCCGCCGCGGACAAACCCACCGAGACGGGCGACAACAACAAUAACAACGAUAAUAACAACAACGACAACAAGUCCUCCGGCACCGCAAAGGAAACCGCCAGCGGCACCCAAAAGCCCAGCGGCUCCAAGACUACCGGCAAAGGCUCAAAGUCCACCAGCUUCGACGCCCGUCUCCCCGCCGGUGGCCUCACAAUGGUGACCCCCAACGCCCUGGCCGGCACGCAAUUUUACAAAGUCGGCGACUGGGUAACUUUCGCCUGGAACUACACCUCCCUCUCCGUGACCCCCUCGGCCAUCGACGUCCUCGCUUCCUGCACCGCCAACCAAGCUACCUACACCAUCGCCGUCAACAUAUCUGCGAAGCAGACGGAGGUUCUCUGGGAUACCAAGAGUACUCCGGAUGGCCAGGCACCGUUCUUGACCGAGAACUACAAGUUGCUCAUCUACGACUCGGAUCUUAGUGCUACUGCUGCGCCCAGGCCCGGAUAUCUUGGAGCGUUCACUGGGUUCACCUUUGGCAUGUACCUGCCGCAGGAGUACAUUUCGCUCAAGGAUGGCUACACUUGCCCCAACUGCAAUGGCGCGCUUUCUCUUACCGAGAAGAAGACACUUGCUGCUAUGCUGCUUACCACUGGUACAACAAUCGGCUCCAUGCUCUACUUCACCUACCAGUUUGGUGUCUGGUAGAUGAAGCACCUCUUCGAUACACGUACACGUAGAUCUACGAAACGCAAAUCCGAUAAAACGCAAGAACUCGACGCUUCACCGCUCACGAUUACGGCAUAUCACAAAACAUUCCUUUUACGCCACUUCACAUCUGUCCAUAUUUUGCCACUCAUUUACAAAAAGAUCAGGCGCUUUCUGGUGGGGGAGCAGAUACACGGGAGCAUAUGUGUGUUUACACUCCUUCUUUGGGACAA